AUGGCUGACACAAUAACAGGACCCUGGCGUCGCCCCAGAAACACAUCAGCAAAUGAAAAGGGUGGCAUCCACGACGAUGACACCGCUCAGAACCUGGGCUUUCAGGGCGGCACUAUCGCCGGCUCCAUUCAUAUGGAGCAGUUUCCACCGUUAUUGGUCGAUUACUUCGGCGAUGCCUGGUGGUCCAGUGGUGGCAUGUCACUCUAUUUCAAAGCGGCAACCAUCAAUCACGAACCGGUGCGUUGCAGCCUUGAAGCCAUGACCCCGUCAAAGGCACGCAUCUGGAUGGAGAACGAAGCAGGCACGAUGGUCAUGGAAGGGACCGCGUCAUUAGGAGAAGACCCUGACUCUGAAGUCAGCAAGCGCGUAGCGGCCGCCCGUGCGCCCAGUGACCUGCGCAUGAUGCAGGAUGUGGUUGUGGGUGCGCCGUCGCCAGAUUGCCCUGUCUCUAUCAGCAUCGAGAGCAUUGAUGCGCGUCUCGCCGUGAUUACCGAACCUAUGGCGUGUUACAAAGACGCCAGCUUUUAUGGCGGCAUAGUUGCCCCGGUUGCACCUUUUGUGCAUGCCUUCAGAGCCGUUGAGCCGCACAUAAUUCCCGUUAGAGGUCCGUAUGUGGGUUUGUUUGGAUCUAUCGAACUUCAGUACCUCAACGGACCAGUGGUUACAGGCCACGAUUAUGUUGCCCAGGGGCAUGUGGUUGCGCUGUCUGACAGUCCUAAAACUGAAAUUGUCUGGUAUACCGCCACUUUGAAUGACGCCUCCUCCGGUGUACCGGAUAUUACAUUGCUCAAACUGCACGGAUUUUCUUCCAGCAACUACUACAACGUACCCAAACUAGCCCUUCUGGAAAAAGGCAUUGCAUUUGAGGAGGUCCUGUCUUACACCGGCGUGGGACCGAAGUACAAACCCGAAUAUCUCGACAAGAGCCCGCUGGGCAAAGUCCCGGCAAUUGAAACAGAAGAAGGAUUCAUCAGUGAAUCCCGCGCGAUUCUGGAAUAUAUCGAACGUGCUUAUCCAACACCCUCACUGCUGCCUGAUUCAGCCUUUGGCAUCGGUAAAGUCCAGGAGCUGUCGCAGUUCAUCGAACUUUACUUCGAACUGGUGGCGCGCCGCCUGAUCCCCAACCUGCUUGGCGGUACGCAACCCGACCCUGCGGUAUUAAAAGAAUUCGAGACCAGCAUCAACAAAGCGGCACCCGCACUGGCCAGGCUUUCAGACUUCAAACAGUUUGCCUACGGCGACCAGUUCACACUGGCCGACAUCGCAGCCAUUCUUAAUCUGCCCGUUGUACGCAGCGUUGGUAAAAAGUUUCUGGGUAAAGAUCCGUUAUCUGAUGUACCCGGACUGGAUAACUAUUGCGAACGCAUGGAACAGCGGCCGCAUGUGAAGACAAUUCGCGCUGAUGCAGCUGCAGAUCAACCGGGCUUCAUGGCGCACCUGAAGGCGCUUUACGAAUUCAUAAAAGAAAAAUCUGCACCAGACAUGCAGAUGUAUCGAGCGGAAGUAUCCACCUCCGAGCCGAUGAAAUCAGUGCUUGAAAACAAUCCCGACAUUUAUUUUGUACCUCCCCAGCGAAGUGCCGACUGGGGUAACUGGGCGUUCAAGCCGGGUUCGUACUACGACACCACAACAGGUGCAAAGCAUCCUUACUGGCAGGAUCACAACCUGCCCCAGGCCACAAAAGACAUCGAGCAGCUACGCCAGGAUAUGGUGCAGUGGGGUUACUGCAAAAUAGAAGAUGCUUUGUCGGCAGAGCAGGUUGAACGCAUGCGGGUUCGCGUGCUUGAGCAGGCAGAAGGCGAACGCCUCGCCGGCAUUGCGCAGAGGACCCCCAGUGGUCAGAACAUCAACUGCUGUGUCAACAAAGGUCGUUGUUUCGAGCUGUUCAUCGAACAACACCACAGUGCCAUUCAAGGUGGCCCGUUGAUUGAGCAACUCGUCACUGAAGCGCUGGGGCCUGGCUGGGUCUGCACCUCUCUGAUUGCCGCUAUUUCGCUAAAGGGUGGCGUCCCCCAGGCACUGCAUCAGGACCAGAGCAACGCCCUCGAUUCUCAAAGCCCCAUGACCAUUAACCUGCUCACCGCGAUCACGGAUGUUGAUGAAAGCAAUGGUGGCACGCUGCUUAUUCCUGGCAGUCAUGUGACCCUCUCCCAGGCUAUGCGCGAAGGCAAACCGGUAGGCAAACUACCUCCGGCAAUAAAUCUGGAUGCAAAGGCAGGCACCGUGGUGAUCACCGACGGCCGGCUACUGCACGGCACAGGCAUCAACCAUACCGAUGAGCCGCGCAUUGUGAUGCUCAACGGCAUGCAGAAACCCUGGAUGCGCCAACAGGAAAACUGGAUGUUGUCAGUGCGCCCGGAGGUCAUGGCUUCGGCGCAAAAGGACUACCCGGUGAAGCUGCUGGCGCUACUGUAG